AGGAAAGGAAAGAGAUUGCGAUCCCCUACUCAGCUGCUGCUUCCCUCUGCUGCUGCUUCCAAAGAAAAAAGGCCUCUUUAAAAAGAAAGGAUCCAUGAGGUUUCGAGCAUCUUAUGACAAGGAGGGCAACAUGGUAAUUAAGCUGUUGGGGGUGAGUUAUGUUGUUUGAUGGGAAUGCUUCUCUUGAUAUUUUUGUUUAGGUGCCUUGAACCCCAACCAGACAGAUUGAUUGAUUUAUUUAAAAAAUCAAAUCAAAUCAAAAUGAAUUGCAAUUACUUUUUUAAAAAAAGAAUAACACAGUUCUAAGAGAUCACUGGGGUUGUUUGGUUUUUUGCACUUGGCUAACCAAGGGCUAGCAGUUGUGUGCUACUUUCUUAAAUAUAAAUUUAAAGUAGGAUUUUACAUGGCACUUGAUUCACUGCUUUCUGCUGCUUUACUGUCUCUGACUUUUUGCAUUUUAUCUUGCUAUGGCGGGGAGCUCCCUGGGAGAGGGGUAAGAAUUUUAUCAAGCUGCUUGUUUGCUUUUUUCUUAGGACAGUGUUGUUUUUAAAUGAUAAGCUGAAAAGCUGAAGGAAGGAGAAAAUAAAUCUCUCCAUCUAACUUCAGCUAAUCUUGACUCAUGAGCUUGACAUUCUCAGCCAUUCACUGCUUCCUGAACGCCACAUAUACAAGCUCCCCUCCCCUCCAUGUCCUCAUUAGUCUACCUCUAGAAUGGGCACAUUUUGCACACUUUUGAAAACCAGCAUCCUUUGCCAAAUUUGCAGCUAAGGCUUCAGAUGGAGAAACUUUCAUUUUCACAUCCAAUUUUGGAGAGUAAUUUUUUUUAAGGUAAGGAUUAAAACAUUGCCAAAUCUUACACAUAUGGGUUACUUCCGCAUUGUUGCUAUUUGUGAAUGAGAUUCAUUAACAUACCAGCAAAUUCAGGUUGUGCUAUUAUAGUUGAUUUGGGAUUCUUGUGCAAAAAACCCUAUUCCCCUACCCAAAAACAGCACACACCCAAACUUUCAUGAUAAGGAAAAUGAUGAUGGUGAAAUUGACUGGGAAAAUCAGAAAACAGGAAGAGAAGAACUUUAAGAAGGAAUGGGAAUCAUUUACAAUGUAUUUAAGUGAACACCGUAAACAACUAAAAACUUUGAGAGGAUUUGAGUAAUGCUUAUAAUGUACUAAAAAUUAUGGUAAAAAUUGACUAUUUAAGAAAAAUAGAGAAAAUAAGAGAAGCAGGUGAAAAACGGCUGAUAGUGGUCACCAUGGAAGGGCAGAGGCGAGUCAAAGGAUUUAAGGAAUCCUAAAUGAUGAUGAUGUUGAUGUUUAAGGCUUGAAUGUAAAGUGGCAAUGUAAAACUUACUAAAAAAUAUUUGACAAAAAAAAAAAGAUAAGGAAAGUGAUGGGAAAAUACACUGGAAAAUGUGGGAUAACAGUUGCUUUGUUGCAAAAUCAUUUUACCUCUGCAUUAAAAAAAAUCAGAACGGAUGCUCAAUAAAUAGCUAAAUUCAUCUGAUCACUCCCUGAAAAAGAAUCAGGAUGAAUGCUCAGUUCAGUGGUACCUCAGGUUACAGACGCUUCAGGUUACAGAUGCUUCAGGUUACAGACUCUGCUAACCCAGAAAUAGUACCUCGGGUUAAGAACUUUGCUUCAGGAUGAGAACAGAAAUCGUGCGGCGGCAGCAGGAGGCCCCAUUAGCUAAAGUGGUGCUUCAGGUUAAGAACAGUUUCAGGUUAAGAACAGACCUCCAGAACGAAUUAAGUUCUGAACCCGAGGUACCACUGUAUACAGAUCAUCUGGAGAUGCCCUUUAAAAAGACAUUGAUAAUUGCAUUUUUGAAAAUUGUGUUAAUAUCCCCCCUCCCUGUGAGCCUCAUGGCUGAGUGGGGAUUUGAACCCUUGUCUCCCAGGUUCAGCACUCUUAAGCACGACACCAUUCUAUUAUCAUAUCUACGAGACACCUCCUACGCCAAAUUCUCUAGGUGUCAUACAAACAAAAAGAGAGUGGAAACCUAACAAUAAAAACCACAAUCAGCUUGAGAUGCAACUGUCAGAAGAAACCCUAGUGCAGGACCUCAGGUGUGAAACUUCUGACUGUGAAAACUGAUUCUUGUCCACUCAGAAAUAAGUCCAACUGAGCUUAGAGGGACUUACUCCAGGGGCAAUUGCAAUCAAAACCAGAAACGUCGACAGCUGGGAAUGUUAUUAACAGUACCAAGGAGGGUUAGAAUAACUUUUGUUGUAAGGGUGUGGUUCCUUCUAUUAUAUAUAGAUUAUAGCAGGUGACGGUAUAUUUUUGGCUGCCGCCGGUAUGUUCUCAUUGAGCUGUGUCAGUGUGCAAUGCUCAGGUUGAGCAAGCUCUGCUUUCCUCUUUAGAUCUCAUGCAUUAAAGUGUUUUUUCCGUACGAUUAAGAUUUUGGGUUUGUUUUUUUAAAGAGUGCCCAUUAGGCAGGACACAAUUGUUAUUAUUAUUUGCCAGGAAGUAGGAACUAAGUAGGACCACGGCUUGAUUCAGAAGAUGCGCCUAAACCUUCCCAUUCUACACAAAGCCUUCUGCUUGCUUUAUGCCAGAAUCAGCCUUCACCAAACUGGUGCCCUCCAGCUGUUUUGGGGCCUCGGCACUUAAUAUAGCCAACGUGUUUCAUUAGAACCACCACUUCCUUCCCGCCUGGCCUUCAGAAAGGCAGCGUUCACUUGAAAUGUGUUAGCAGGCUUCUGUUUAAAAUCUCUGAUCCUCAGAGUCUUGGUUUACAAUGGUGCUGAUUGCUUGUUGCUUUUCCUUAUUGGUUUUUAACCCAAUCCUAUUGUUUUACCUUGUUUUAUUGCGCUUGUGAGCUACUUUGGGGACCUGUAUGGAUGGGAAGGGCUGUAGAUCAGGGAAGGUCGCCGGUUUGAGCCCCGCUAGCCUCUCCAGGUGGGGCCGGAUAUCCAGGAGAGCCUGGUGGACAAUAUUGAGCUACUGCCCGUCAGAGUAAACAGUACUGAGAAGGAUGGGGCCAAUGGUCUGACUUGAUAUAAGCAGCUCUCUAUAGUCCUAACCGGAAAGCAAAUAGCUCAUUAGCUCACUUUGCAUGCAGAAGGUCCUAUUUUCAAUCCUCAGCAUCCCAGCAUCUCUAGGUUGGCUUGGCGAUGCCCCCUACCUGAAAUCCCAGAGAGCAGCUGCCAGUCAGUGUCGCCAAUACUGAGCUCAGGUGAUCAAUGGUCUGAUGGUAUAAGGUGGCUUCUGACAUUCCUAUGAAGUCAAUAGUUUUACAGUUGUUUUUGGAGGCCACCAUUUAGAAUUCAAUUAAAAUGGAAUUCAGUAGAGAUGGAGCCUUUUCUGCAGUGGCUCCCAUCCUCUGGAACUCAUUUCCAAACGCUCUUAUAGCUUUGUAUCACAUUUUAAAGUACUGAUACCUCUUGAGUGAUACCACUACAGUCUAUAUACCACUUUUCAGUCCAAAGAGUCCCUAAAUUAGGGAGGAGCAAAUAAACAAGCCAAACAACCAAAUUCACAAGUUUUUAAAGAAUAUAUACUUUGCAUUGUUGAUUGGGGACCCUGUUAGCUUGCAUAGUCAGCAAUCACAGCAGGCAUGUCCAAAGUCUCUUUUGGGGGGCCCCCGUCCGGUUUUAUCCAGCCUCUGUGGCAGUUUAUUUAUUGGGGUCAAAUCAUAAAAAAAAAAAACUUCAAUCCUAGAAAAAGCUCAAAACCCUGUGUCGGCCUUUGUUCACUACAUCAAAUCUGGCCCUCUUUGAAAAAAGUUUGGGCACCCCUGAAUUAUAGUACAGUGGACACUUGGGUUGCGAAUGUGAUCCAUGCGGGAUGCACGUUCAAAAGCCGCAGCGUUCGCAACCCGCAUCUGCGCAUGCGCGGGCUGUGAUUUGGUCCUCUGCACAUGCGCAAAGCGCGAUUUAGCGCUUCUGUGCAUGCACAACCACCGAAACCUGGAAGUAACCCAUUCUGGUACCUCCAGGUUUCGGCGCGUCCGUAACCCGAGAAAAUGCAACCUGAAGUGGCUGUAACCCAAGCUAUGACUGUAAUCUUAAUGCACAUGGUGGGAGGAGUAAGGAGGAAACACUGUCAUAUUGCUGUGCCAGCAGUUACCUUCUGAGACCCAGGCAUCGUGGUAGAGAGUUGCAGCAAACAGGUCAUGAAGCCCAAAGGAAAAGUGAAAGUGUCAUGUGUUCUGGUGAGCCCCCACCUGAGUGUAGCAAAGUGCUGAAACAGCAGCCACUGUUCAAAAUUGCUGAGACCAGUUGCUUUGCUCCCCUUCCCAGUUGGAGUAGAGCCUGUGUACGAUGCUCACAUGGAGAAGUCCAUUUCCCUAGCCAGUUCUGAUCCUUAUGAAAGGUGUAUUCAGGAAUGAUGUUUUCUUAGUUCUUUUUGCGUGGGUGGAACAUGUUCCUUCCUUCUUUCUGGCUUCCUGCUUGCCUUCCAAUGCUUUGUUGUUGUUGUUUAGUCGUUUAGUCGUGUCCGCCUCUUCGUGACCCCAUGGACCAGAACACGCCAGGCCCUCCUGUCUUCCACUGCCUCCCGCAGUUUGGUCAAACUCAUGCUGGUAGCUUCGAGAACACUGUCCAACCAUCUCGUCCUCUGUCGUCCCCUUCUCCUUGUGCCCUCCAUCGGCGAUCAGCCUUCUUUAUGGUCCAGCUCUUACUUCCAUACAUCACUACUGGGAAAACCAUAGCUUUAACUAUAUGGACUUGGACUGCUAGGUCCGCGACUCUUUCUUUGAUCUAAUAUGUCAGAGGAAGAUGGGCUGAAUGCAGUCAGGAGAAGAUAUGUCAUUUACCCAGACUGAUUGUCUCAUCAAUGCUAUUAAGUAGUUCACACCACUUUCACACAAAAGCCUUUCUCACAAACAGAUGCCAACAACAACAACCAUUACUAAAACUUGAAUUAAUUUACGCUGAUUAAACCAAUUUAUAUGCAAAUUGCUUUAUUUUCAAAUAUUUCAUCCCAUGGAGCCUCUUUUAUUUCCUAUCAAUUCAUAGAAUCAUAGAACUGUAGAGUUGGAAGGGACCCCCAGGGCCAUCUAGUCCAACCCCCUGCAAUGCAGGAAUCCCAACUAAAGAAUCCCUGAUAGAGGACCAUCCAACCUCUGCUUAAGAACAUCCAGUGAAACAGACCCCACCACCUUUGAAAGGAGUUCAUUCCCCUGUUGAGCAGCAAAUGUUGUCUAAAAGUUCUUCCUAGUCGGAAUCUCCUAUUUCUUCCUAGUCGGAAUCUCCUUUCUUGCCAUUUGAACCCACUGGUUCAGACCUACCCUCUGGAGCAGCAGAAAUCAAGCUUGCUCCAUCUUGCACGUGAUGUCCCUUCAGAUAUUUGAUAUUGGAUACUCUAAACACUUCUAUGAUAACUACUGCACUUUCUACACUAAUAAACUGGGUGGUUUGUCCCAGUUAGUCUCGAGCCUAUGGUUUUCACUGCUUCAGAUCUACUCCUUCUUCCACUGAGUUGCUGCUAAACAAAUUAAAACCUUGAUCAGGAGAUCCAGUGAUUGUUAAUGCAUUGGUUCAUCCAUGGUAGGGACUGGCUUUGAUUGGAUCUCCAUAUAUGUAUAGCAUACUUGUAAAGCAAAACACUUUGCUAUAAUCCUUACAACAAUCUUACAGGGUAAAUCAGUGCUAUAUUGCCAUUAGGGAAACUGAGUCCAAGAGUCCAUCUCUAUGUCCCCUCUGGCCACCACAGGAGUGAGUUCACAGCGAGUGCAAAACCUCUGAGGACUUCCUCGUUUGUCACUCAGCAAGCAUGAGGGAUGCACAAGACCCCAUUUUUCAUUGUAACAAACAAAGAAUUUCAACAGUUCAUUGCCCUUUCACAAGGGAAGCUGGAAAGAAGAACCAAAAACUUGUUUCUGCAUGAUUUGGGGGAUUCUUCAAUCUCCACCAUCUUCAUUUUCAAAACUUAGACCAGAUACCAGACGUUAGGAAAGACCCUCCCCUGCGAAGCUUGCAGAGGUUUUGCCAGCCAGUGUGCGAACAAUACUGGACUAGAUGAGCAACCAUAGACUACUGUGGUCUAAGGCAGCUUCUCAUAACUUUCUACACAGAACUUUACAAAAACGGAAGCUUCUUUCUUGGACUUGUUUCCCUGGAGUUGACUCUCCUCUUCUCUUCUCUGUUGCAGCAUUCUAACGCCCACCCUAACUGAAGGACAAGAAAUGAUGACUUUUGAAUUCAGGAGAAUUAAGCACCUGCUUAAUGAGCAAGAGGAUGGUGUCCCCUGCCUGCACAAUGGCCUCCUACUCCAUGAUCACCAUGAAGAGAUUUGCUGGCGCAAUGUUCCUGCUUGGCGCUGUGUUCUUGAACUUGACGUUCCUUGCCCAGCCAUUCCAUAACCCCAGCAGAACUCAAGCACAGAACCAUUCCCUGAUGGUCCUGAUCUGGGACUGGCCUUAUGGCCAUGCCUUAAAUCUCACUGGUGAUCCCUGUGCCACACUUUGCUCCAUCAAGGGCUGCCAGCUGACCUGGAACCGCAACCUGUACAACCAAGCAGAUGUGGUAGUUUUCCACCACUGGGCACUCCAGCACCGCAGAUCGCGCCCCCCUGCAUCUAAGCCCCACCCAGGGCAAAAGUGGGUGUGGCUCUCCCUGGAGUCCCCCACACACAGCAAAGACCUAGCCAGGUGGGAUGGUGUCUUCAACUGGACCAUGACGUUCAGGCAGGACUCUGACAUCUUCAUCCCUUAUGGGGAGCUUGUCGCCCAACCAUCAGAUGAGGUGGACAUCCCAGAGAAAUCUGGCCUUGUGUCAUGGGUCAUCAGCCACUACCACCAUACCCAGCAGAGAGCGCAACUGUACAGGAACCUGUCCAAGUACAUCAAGGUUGAUGUGUAUGGGAGGGCAAACAAGAAGCCUCUCUGCCCAGCCUGCCUACUGCCCACCAUCUCCAAAUACAAGUUCUAUCUGGCCUUUGAGAACUCCGUCCACCGGGACUACAUCACUGAGAAGCUCUGGAGGAACUCCCUCCUGGCUGGAUCCGUGCCUGUGGUCAUGGGGCCUCCCCGAGCCAAUUACCAGCAGUUCAUUCCUGGUGAUGCUUUCAUCCACGUAGACGACUUUGGCUCUGUGAAGGAACUUGCAGACUUCCUGCUCACCAUGAAUGAGAGCCGCUACCAGAGGUUCUUUGAGUGGAAGAGGAGUUUUGCCGUGAAGCUGUAUGAUAGCUGGCCAGAGAGGUUCUGCACCAUCUGCCAGUGUUUCUCCAGCCUGCCCCAAGGGAAGGUCUACCACAGUCUGGAGAAGUGGUUCUGGAGUUAGCAAUCAGGGUGGGCUGAAGUCAGGGGCCUCGCUAGGUGCUUAAGAACCUAAGGACCUAAGAAGAGCCUUUUGGAUUAGGCCAAUGGCCUAUCUAGUCCAGCAAUUGACUAGCAAACUCAGAGGUAACUCAAAGCAAAAGUCUGCAGGAAAAUGGGAUGGUUAUAGAAGAUACAUUCAAAAAUACAAUAAUAGUUUUGACUCCGUGCUAGCGUUCAAGUGACAAAGGAAGUAAAAGGAGGUGGACAACAAUUAAGGAUUUAUUAUGUUUUCUGAAUGUAUUGGAAAAUCUAUACAGAAAGGCUUAUUGUUUUGUGUACAUUCAAUUGUAAGAUAAAAUAUAUGCGUAGGGACUCGACAGGAAGUCAAAACUGAAGAAAAGAUUUUGUAAGAUAAAAGGGGGAGAAAUAUUUAUUUUCAUUAUUAUCACUAUUUUUUGGGUGUGUUUGUGUGGGUGUAUGUUUUGUAUGGAAUGUUUGGGAGGAAAUAAGACGGUAGAUAACAAAUAACAAACAAAAUAUUGAUGUAUGUAAUUUUUAUUUCUCAAUUCUGUUUUGUGGUAGUAUAGUCGUAAUGUUUUUUGUAACAUAAAAUCAUUCAAUAAAAAUUAUUAUUUUUU